AUGCUGGAUUCCGAAUCUGUGUUGGAGCUGCGCCGCCCCUCCGUUGCCGAUGGCGGCGAAUCGUCGGUCGGUUUGCCUGGGCUGUCGCGCUCGUCUGCUGCGGCGAGGCUGGAGAUGGUUUCGCGUGACGCGGGCCACGCCCCUUCGCCCCAUAGCGCGCAUGCCUCCCCGACGUCGGAAAUGAGCAGUCGGGAGCCAAAAAUGUGCGCGUAUGCUCUCUCGGAUUCUCCUGAUAAGGUGCGGACGGCGAAGUCGCAGCGCACACAAAGCACGGCGUAUUCGGUAAGCGAGGCAGCCCCCGCCGCGAGGCCCGUCAAACGCAGCGUGUCAGUUGACGGCGAACCCGCUGGCGUGAUGUCCGAGGAUUCGACUCACACUGAGAGAGGCAAGACGGAUCGGGUGCAUGUGCCAGGAGCGCCCCGUCGCGGCGUUGUUGACGUUAUGACCGCUCCCACUGCGUCGACGAUGCCUGGUAUAUUGCCAGCGCGGUACGCCAUGUCCAAGAUGAGCACCGCUGCGUGCAGCUUGACGCCGGAGGAAGCCUUGAAGAUGCUGUCGGAAUGCGAUCGCAGCACCUCACCCUCCUCCUCUUCCAUUGGCGACAGCAGGAGUGCUAGUCAGGCUGACGGGGCACCUGCCAAUACAGCGGUUGCGGCGAGUCACAGGCCCAUUGAAGUGAAGCAUGCGCCAAACAGCGGUAAGGGGACUUUCGACGACGAUUUGCUGAACUUUCUGCGGUCACAAACGAUCCAGUCUCUGCAAGCAUCGAGGGCGCACCCCUUCGAUGAUGUGGCCGGUCUAAACACACGUGUGGACCUUUCUCGUGUCGCGUCGGGGGCGGUGCCGCCACCCCGAAGAGAGCCGUUCAUCCCAGACCACGAUCGGUUGCGUAAAAAUUCGCCACGCGUUCCAUCACAAUCGCAACCAAGUGUGUUCGCUGCCGGAGCCCGUUCCGCAGCGAAGCCCGUUCACUCCCCUCACGCGGUGCGUAGAGAACCCGAUUAUGCGUCACAUUUCCAGGAAGAUGACAGCGUUUUUUCGCAACUCCGCACCGUGUUCGCCAAGGUCAAAUCGCAAGAUUCCGAUCUCCCGUCUGCCUGUGCGGAGCGCGCAGCAGAUGGUUUGUCCGACGACGUACACGGCGUCUCGCCGCUCCUCGAGUGGUUCCCCGAGGAGCCCUCGCUCCCCAUCUCACCGUCCGAUCCGGCGGCGUGCGAUGACAACCAGACCUCCCUUUUCAAGGAUUGCCAUGACGUCUCCGAGUACGACGAGUUCGGCGACCCGUUUUUCGUCGCCGAAAUCCCCGACGGUAAGAACGAUAUCAACAAUAGGAUAAGGAUGCUCCGCCGCGUGCAUGAAUCCCUAUACACCACAUCAGACAUGGCCAGUCUCGGCACCAUUGAGAAGUUCAUGCUAGAGCUGAUGCAGCCGGAUAGCGACUUUGGCAAGCUGACUGCGUACGGCCGCUUGCUGGCUUUCAUUAACCUGUCUGUGCUGCGGCGAUUUAUUUCGCAGCUCUCCGCACUCUAUCGUCAUCCCGAGAUGGCCGUCGUUCGCCAGGUCAUGCGCUGCAACGAAGAGGGCUCCAUCAAGAAGGUGCUGAACAUCUCCGAAUCUGUUGCCAGCGGCCAGUUGACCGAUAAGGCCGGCCUGGCUGCUAUAGCCGACCUCAUGUCACGGCUUGACCGCAACGAAUUCUACGGUUCCGACAGGGGCUCUGGUUACGGCAAGGCGUUUGACAGCUCCUCAUCCAGUUACGUGUCUAGCAAGAGCGGCUCGGGUUCCAGUUCAAUAAGCAUGCAAACAAGCCGCCAGCUGCUGGCCGUGCUUGACGACUUGUCGGGGUUGUACCUGCCCGGUGGCGAGCCUCACUUCCCGCGCUACGUCUGCGGAGGUGUGGACCGCAAGUGCGUUGACGUUUCGGAUACGCUGAGCAUCCCCUUCGACAAAGGCGACCGCCGCACCCUGCACGUCCAGUUCGAGCGUGUCAGUCCAUCCUACAGGGGCUACUGGCCCGGGACGACGUUGAUUCCACAGACCAUCACUGAGGGUAUGCGCAUCCAGGUUUUGCCCACUAAGCAGCAAACGGUGAUGCAUUGGAUUCUGGGCAGGGUGACCUCGAUUUCUUCGGGUGUGCUGAUGGUGGCCGUCGAUAACAUGGCCCCCAAGGAGGUGGGACGCGGCUCGUCAGCUGACCGCAUGUACAUGCUGCGUAAUUUCGUCCCUCCGAACGUGCCGACGUCUCGUCUAGAGAAGGCGCAGUGGCGGCUCCUCCCGCGGGCGUUCGAUCCUGAUCGCGACAUCUACGUCGGCUCGUGUCUCAGCGUGUUCGACCCCGCCAUCGGCGGCUACACCGACCGUGUGGUCGUCAACGUGCUCUUCGGCGACGAUUACGACUGCGGCAUUGCGCCUGUGAAAUCACCCGCCGAUGACACCUUGUUCGGCAAACCGCCGUCUCCUGCGCCACCAAGCAGCCAGAGCAAUGCCACUCAUGCCAAAUCGUCCGCGGACGGUUCCGACCCUGCUACACUUACAACGCAGGCAGACUCCGAAGCAUCAGCAAGGGGCGCCGGUGCCCCUACGGCCACCACGGCUGAGGACGAUACCAUUCCGCUUGAUGGCGUCACUUCAUUGCCAGGGUACGAGGGAGGAAACAUCUCGGCCAAUCUCCACGUUGCCCCUACCAGCCGUAUCAAAGUAGACCCUAAUGGAAAGUCGAACCAAGCAGCAGUACACAAUGCGGAUAAAUUUGAGUCAAUAUCGGCUACCACUUCCGAUUUCCCAACGAAUGCAAGCGAACCCACAAAUUCAAAAAAUGUUUCCAAGCCCAACCGCUGCGCAGUAGCAGUAGCAGCACCCGCACCUGCGGGCUCCAUCCCAACAUGCCACUGCAACGGCCACACGCUGCGCGUCUUUGAAGGCCGUGCUGCAACGAAGUUCAUCCGAAGGCCGAAGCGCGUGGUCCUCAGCUCGCUGUAUGACCGCCGCGAUGUCGUCGUCAACGUUGAAGGGUUGCGGGCGUACAAGCUGAACUACGAUCUGCAGUCGCACUUCGACAGCCAACCGGAGCAUCUGGCUGGCUCCACCGGCACGCAGGCCGCAGGCGCGCCUGCAGGCCAAUUCCAGCACUGCGUCUGGGUGGUGCCGCGCAACCUGCCGUUCAGCGACGCCCCGAACGAGGCGGUGUCGGUGGGCAAGACCGGCAGCCAGUGGUUCUUCAAGCCGCAGCGCUGUCUGAUGAUGCUCCCGUACAGCAAGAGCAUCGAUGUGCUGCAGGAGGCGCCGCGGGUGGUGUCAUUCCUGCACCCCGAGCUCAACUACAUGGCGCUCUGCGCCGGCAUUUGGAGCGUUAGGGGUGCAGGUCGGGGUGUCGGCGAGCUUAACCAAGCGCAAGCCGAAUCGGGCCACUCGACGGAAUCAACAACCGGCCGCAGCGAACCCAUUUCUCUGACGCGCAGUCAGAAGGCUGCGACGCGCGAGCUCACGGCCAACGACAUCGUGAACGAGGCUUGCUCAGGAGUCGUGCGCUGCCACCUCUCGCUUCUGCGCCGUCUCUUCGGCUGCACUGCCGUCAUAAGCCUGUGGAUAGCCUUGGAGGGCGUGGAUUUGGACAACGUGACCACUGGCAACCUGACGCUGUCCAUCGUCAUCCCCCCCAAGCCGGCGUGCGCUUCCUGCGGCGGCGCGGUGUACGCCCGGGACGACAUGAUGAAGAUACUCCCCCAGGACCCGCCGCUGAUGUUGCCGCAAGCAGGCAAGGAUAGCGCUGCAGCCAACGGUGGUGCUGCCGAAGCCGGAGCUAAAGUUGCCGCGCCGGGUAACGCGGCUGCCGAGACCGCGAAAGUGGGCGGGGAAGCGGCGACCCAAGCAGCUGCUGCGCCAAAUGCUGCCCCCAACACAAAUGUAGCAUCCCAGAACCAUGCAGGACCGACUGUGCCGAAUGUCGCUGCAAAGGCGCCGGCAGCACCCGCUACUGAAACACAAGCAACGCCGGCCAGCGGUACGUCCACACGAGUGGCUGGUCGGCCGGUAAUCACUGGGUCUGCUGUGCGACCUGACGUGGCUGGCCACGCGCGCGAAAUGCCGAUCUUCAACGACCUGGAGACCACCGAAGAAGUGAUUCGGCGAUUCCAGAGCCUGGCGACAGGCCGUUGGCGUCUGACACGCGACUGCAUCGCGUCGUACACUGUCGACGACGACGUGCUGCCAGCGCCGGUAAGGAACCAGCAAAAUGCCUUAACAAGUCCCGCCUCACGCGUCUACGGCGGGAAGAGCGAAUUCAUCAACAAGCUGGCCCAGUUCCUGACGUCCGCCCGAAGGGCACGUGAAACGAAGAUCGACGAUAGCCUCUAUCGAGGCGCUUACUCGACUGCUCGCGAGCACUUCAAUCCGCGAAGCAUAGAGUCGGUGUUGUUGCGCGGCUGGGGAACGUUCAUCCUGGGUCAAAGCGCCAACCUCGCUGCGCACAAGGCGACGUCUGCCGGCCGCGGCGCGGCCUCCGGUUCGAAGAACGUCAACGCGGCGCGCGCUUCCGCCGCGGCAGCACAUCAGCACCCGCGCCCAAUGCCCGGAGUUACCGACCCCAAGGCCGUCGGCAAGUUGGACCCCGCAAUGCGGCACCUUGCCGCCGCCGGCCGUGCGGAGGCGGGCGUUCCCGGCGCAUCGAACACCGCGCAGCGGCGCAAGCCGCGCGAGGAGAAGCGACCGAGGCCUGCCAGAGGCGAGUCGCCACGUGAGGACCGACCCUCACCGGCCGACCCCCGGGAGCCCGCGGACCGUUCCAAGAAGCCGCGCCGGACCACCAAGCUGUCGCGCAUGGCGGACAACGAGUACUGCGAGUUCAACGACAAGGAGAUUAGGUACAAGUUGGUGUCGGUGGUCAAGUGGGACGAGGAUCUGGAGCCUUCCGCAGUGGUGUCGGGGGCGCAGUAA